AGAAGUGGCAGCAGCGCUGGGUGCUGAGCCUUCAAGCAAGGGCGAAGCAUUUAGUGAGCAAGAGAAGACUUAUGUCAAGAGGUGUGUUCAAGUGUAUGCAUGGAGCUCGCCCGUGUAGGUUACCUGCUGAAAAGAUCAUCGACACAGCCUCUCUGCGCUUCUCAGAGCAGAGGGAAAGGCAAGCGAGAGCCAGCUCAAUGCACACAGCAUGUUCCGAAAGUUGCAAGCCCGCUCCACCGCGCGAAGCUCUUCAAGAGCGCGGAUCUCCAAUGCGGAUGCGGAUGCCUCGACAUCGGGUCUGCUGGAAGUGCAGCAUCUUCAGCGCUCUGGCCAAUCGUCCUCAAAGACCAAAAAUCCGGAGCUCCUCCUUGACUGGGACGCUUUCAAGAUUUGGCCACAAGGAAUGGAGCUGGAGGAACAAAGCCUUCUGGAUUAUUUUCGACGACUCAAGUUCAUACAAAUUGAGCAGGAGACCAAGAAUCUCUUUGUCAAGUUUAUCAGCGAUGAAGAGAUGGAGUUCUUUGAGCCUGCCGAUGUGGCCAAUCUCGAACGAGAAGCCAGCGAACUGAAAAGGCAGCUCAAGGACCGAAAAGAGAUGUUCAGAGCCGAACGAAAGGCACUCGAGGACCUCGCGGCGCGCUUUAGCGAAGUGGACCAGCUGCGGCAUGAUCUUGAGGUUGUCGAGGAGCUGCAAGGAUCAAUUGACGACAUGGAGCUCGAGCUGGCCCGUUUGCGCGUCGUUGGCGGAGGUACAGACGGUGGCGCGUCCAGCGACCAUGGCCACCUUGGCUCAAUUCUCGACCAAUCCUUCUCUUCGUCGCACGGUGUUGAAGUUGAUGACGCAGGCGAGAGCUGCCCGUUGCCCCGUCUCCUGUUCGAUCCCCCACGUCGAGGCACACUGACGCAAGACGAGCUCGCCAAGAUUGGCGAUCGACAGAAUGAUGCAAUCGUAUGGCUAGAGGAUGCCAAGGAGAAGUUGGCAUCCGAGGCCGGAGAAGCCAAGCGGGAGCUGGCCAAGAGUCACAAGGCGCUGGACCGACUCAUGGCCGAACGUUCUCAGGUCGAGCGAUUCGCCGCCGAAAUGCAGCAACAGCAACAGGUAGCCAGCCGAAAGCGGCGACAUGGUGCCGCUCUAGGAGACGAGGACGAAGAACGCAAGGUCAAUCUGGCCACUCUGGGCUUGCUGAAGAGCCUCGUCUCCUUGUCUUCAAUUUCCUCAACGGACCGCCUCACACUCGAGAUGACACUUGGCGUCCUCCUGUCAGACGCUGCCAAAGACCUACUCAAGGGAGCUGGAAAAGGCCCAGCAAAGCGGAAGAAGUCAAAACAGCAGCAAAUAGAGGAACAAUCGAGCAAGUCCUCCGUCAGGCUCGUCGUCCGAUUCGUUGAAGAGAACAAUGGGCGGAAAUUGUCGGCCCUUGAGAUUCGUCGUCCUGCGGUCUCAGCAGGACCGGAAGAUGGCCAAGAGGGAGACGUUCAAGAGGACGAUGACUGCUUGCUGGAGUUCUUUGCGCCCCCAGGCAGCAUUGCACGGAUGCGGAUACAGGAAGCCAUCGAUGGCGACCAUCUCGCCCUCUUGCUUCAGGAGGCCAUCACCUGUGUUGAGGGCCUUGCCUAGGUCGCCGGACAUUACCAGCGCUGUACUAGUAUACCUUUAGAAAUCGAAGCGAGUUCUCUCGCCGAGCGUGCCAAGUGUGUCACUGGAGGCUCUGGCGGCAAUGAGAAGGAGGAGCAACGGAGGC